AUGAGUAUGGAAUCUGAAACUGGUUCAACAACACAGGUUUCUCGACUGAAACUGUACAGGACUACUAUUUCUCUUGCUUAUCAGAGUUUUGGAGUUGUCUAUGGAGAUCUGUGCAUAUCGCCAAUAUAUGUCUUUAAAAGCAUAUUCUCUGGGAGUUUGCUACCUUAUAGAGAAGACCAUGAGAUUUUGGGGGUACUUUCUUUGAUUUUGUGGACUUUGACAAUCAUCCCUCUUCUAAAGUAUGCAGUCUUUGUAUUAUGUGCUGAUGACAACGGUGAAGGUGGAACCUUUGCCUUGUACUCAUUGCUCUGCCGACACUCAAGGAUGGGUCUUUUAAAUACCACAAAUGUAGCAGAUGAGCAUGUAUCUAUUGACAAGGCUGAAGAACCUGUUAAUGACACACGAAGUAGUAUACUCAUAAAGCAGUUCUUUGAAAAAUAUCAUAGCUCUCGGGUUGUGCUACUGCUUGUUGUGCUUCUUGGAUCAAGCAUGGUUAUUGGUGAUGGAAUCCUGAGUCCUACUAUGUCUGUCCUCUCUGCAGUUUAUGGUUUACAGAUUAAGGUUACUUAUUUACAUGAGAAUCAUAUUGUGUUCUUUGCCUGCAUUCUCUUGGUUGGCCAUUUUGCUCUUCAGCACUAUGGAACACACAAUGUUGGGUUUCUAUUUGCUCCAAUAUUGCUAGGUUGGCUUAUUUGCAUCACUGGAGUAGGCAUUUACAACGUAUUCCACUGGAAUCCUCGAGUUCUAUGUGCUGUGUCACCGUACCAUAUUUAUAAUUUCUUCAACAAAGCUGGAAAAGAUGCUUGGAGUUCUCUUGGAGGCAUUGUCCUUUGUAUUACAGGUGCAGAAGCUAUGUUUGCUGAUCUUGGUCAUUUCUCUCAGCUUUCUGUCAGGAUAGGCUUUACAGCGGUUGUUUAUCCUUGUUUAGUUCUUGCAUACAUGGGUGAAGCUGCUUAUCUCUCCAAGCAUAGAAUGAAUCUUCAAAGUAGUUUCUACAAGGCCAUUCCCGAUGCUGUAUUUUGGCCAGUGUUUAUCAUCGCCACUCUUGCAUCAGUAGUCGGAAGUCAAGCAAUAAUCUCAGCUACAUUCUCCAUCAUCAGUCAGUGCAGGGCACUAAGUUGCUUCCCACGUGUGAAGAUAAUACACACAUCAAACCAAAUUCAUGGACAGAUAUACUUACCAGAGAUAAACUGGAUGUUGAUGCUGCUAUGCCUUGCUGUUGUUAUUGGAUUUAGAGACAUACACAUGAUUGGCAAUGCAUAUGGCCUUGCUGUGAUCACAGUCAUGUUUGUUACAACCUGCUUGAUGUUUUUGAUCAUCAUUACUGUUUGGAAUCGAAGUGUUUUCCUGGCAUUAUUGUUUGUACUAACAUUUGGAUCCUUGGAACUGCUUUAUUUUUCUGCAUGCCUUGCUAAAGUACACAAAGGGGGAUGGCUUCCCCUUCUUAUCUCUGCAGUAAUUCUGUCUCUGAUGUCAAUCUGGCACUAUGGGACUUCAAAAAAACAAUCAUUUGAGCUGGAAAAUAAGGUGUCUCUGGAUAGUUUCAUUGCUUUUGGUCCUGGUCUUGGAAUAUCAAGGAUUCCGGGAAUUGGCCUAAUUUACUCCAAUGUUGCCUCUGGUGUACCACCAAUGUUUGCACAUUUUGUGGCAAGCUUUCCAGCAGUCCAUCAGAUCCUCAUUUUUGUCACAAUGCAUUAUGUUAUGAUUCCAAAAGUUCCAGCUGAUAAGCGCUUUCUUGUUACCCGGUUUGGUCCACCUGAAUUCCGUUUUUACCGGUGUAUUGUAAGGUUCGGAUACAAGGAUAUUGGAGACAGCCAUGACUUUGAAACCCAGCUAAUUGAAAAGGUCUCGGAGUUUCUGAAACACCAGGCCAAUAGUGAACAGUUUGUAGCAAUAGAGCAAUCACCUAGUCCUGUCAAAGAUGCUGGUGCAAUGGGCUAUGAGAUCGUUGCUGGAGGCGCUGGCCAAAGAAGAAAAGAAGCCGGAUGGAAAAUGUCUCAAUCAAGAAAUGAAGUGCAGGAACUAAUGGAUGCGAAGGAAUCUGGGGUGGCUUACAUGAUGGCAAACACUCAUAUCAGAGCCAAUGGUGCAUCUUCUUUUGUGAAGAAAUUUGCAAUUAACAUAAUCUAUGGGUUUCUUAGACGCAAUAGUAGGCGUCCAGCAAUUGCACUUGGGAUUCCUCAUACGUCACUUGUUGAAAUCGGUAUGCUUUACCAAGUUUAA